CUCUCUUUUAUAUUUUAAAUGUCACAACAACAAGUCAAUAUUACUGAUCUCGAUCUUUCUUCUCUUCAACAAGUCAAGACUCAAUUAGAAGAGGAAUUGAAUCAUCUAACUCAAUCAUAUAGCAAAUUAAAGACAGUCCAGGGACGAUUUGCAGAUUGUGCAGAUAGCGUCAAUAGUUUAAAAAGUGAAAAGAGUGAAGAUAAAACUAUUCUAGUUCCUCUCACAUCAUCUCUCUAUGUACCAGGUAAACUAAGCGACGUCAACAAGGUGAUUGUGGAUGUAGGCACAGGCUAUUUUAUUGAAAAGUCUGUCAGUGAUGCGACUACUUUCUACAAGGAUAAAGUAGAAUUUGUAAAGAAUAAUCUUGGUACACUUGAAAAGACGAUUACUGACAAGCAAAGUACAUUAAGAGCCAUUGUCAAUGUUAUGCAAGAAAAGAUCCAAGAACAAGCUCAACAAAAGAAAUAAAUAAAAAAUUAGAUCUUGUCUUUUGUUGUCAUCAGACUAAAACGGGGAAGUCCCUUUAUGUUUUUAAAGUGUCAAGGGCUAAGCAUUCUACGGGAAUCAUCAAUGUACAAAAAGAGCAGGUAGGAAUAUGAAAAAGUAACAAAAAAGGGACCAUCUUUGUUUGAAAUCAGGGGCAUAUUUAUUUCUUGUCUUUCCAUUUUUUUUUU